AUGUUAGAAAAGUCUGGUAUCACGUUUCAAGAUUCGAAGGCCAUCACCAUCAAUCUAUGUCCCGAGUGUCAGUCUUCUUUGUCCAAAAAUAAGAUGCCCCAGUUGGCUUUGGCAAAUCAGUUGUAUCGGGGCAGCCUUCCUGACCGCUUUAGUGACUUGACGUGGGUUGAGGAAAAAGUAUGUGCUUUGUAUUCAAUUACUGCGCAUGUCACUCGGCUCUUUCAAUCAUCUGAUCCCACCCAACCCAGAGUAUUCCAUGGUAACACAUGUGCACAUGAGAUGAACACCGUGUCUACUGCAUCUGUUCUACCUCGGACGCCUUCUGAUGUAAACGGCUUCCUGAGUGUGAUAUUUAUUGGCCCAGAACCGUUUGAUCCUAUGCGUUUUGCUUCUUUCUUCCGUGUCCGCAAGCAUAAGAUAUGGAGUUUCCUUGUUUGGCUCAAGCACAACAACGCUCUUUAUGCCAGCGUUCCGUUGGAUGCGUCAAUAAUGGAUUUGUAUCCCACCGACGGCCCCAUUCCCGGUCUGAGUGAUCGUGUUGUUCAAGAC